UAAAUUAUAUUUUUAGGAAAAAUAAUAGAUAUCCAAAAAUGGAUAUCAAUGAAUUUAGAAUCCGCGGUAAAGAAAUGGUGGAGUACAUUUGUGAUUUUAUGAACAAUAUCCAUACUCGUCGUGUGACUCCUGAUGUUGGUCCGGGUUAUUUACGUCCUCUGUUGCCGUCAGAAGCACCGUAUGAUGGAGAGCCAUGGGCAGAUAUCAUGAGAGACGUAGAGAGUAAAAUAAUGCCUGGAAUCACUCACUGGCAACAUCCUCGAUUUCACGCUUACUUUCCAGCUGGCAAUUCAUUUCCUUCAAUUUUAGGUGACAUGUUGUCAGACGCUAUUGGUUGUAUUGGUUUUUCUUGGGCGGCAAGUCCAGCUUGUACAGAAUUAGAAACGAUAGUUUGUGAUUGGUUUGGUAAAGCGAUGCAUCUUCCAAAUGAUUUUUUGUAUUUUAGUCCUGGUAGUAGAGGUGGUGGAGUAAUUCAGGGAUCUGCAUCAGAAAGCGUUUUAGUCUGCAUGUUAGCAGCAAGAGCUCAAGCAAUAGCCCGUCUUAAAGAGUCUCCAGCUCACGCUCACCUCGACGAAACAGCUCUUUUAGGGAAAUUGAUGGCCUACUGCAGUCGCGAGUCUCACAGCUGCGUUGAAAAAGACGCGAUGAUUUGUUUUGUUAAAUUAAGGAUCCUUGAGCCGGAUGAGAAAAGUGUAAUGCGCGGUGAAAUUCUCAAACAAGCCAUUGAAGCUGAUGUUGCUGAAGGAUUUGUCCCUUUUUUUGUAUCUACGACACUAGGUACUACUGCUUGUUGCUCCUUUGAUAAUCUCAAAGAAAUCGGACCAGUUUGUCGUCAAUACCCUGGGAUUUGGCUGCACACAGACGCUGCUUAUGCAGGAAACGCGUUUAUUUGUCCAGAAUUGAGAUAUCUAAUGACGGGCAUCGAGUAUGCAGAUUCAAUAAAUACAAAUACCAACAAAUUUUUAUUAACUAAUUUCGAUUGCUCAUGUCUGUGGGUGAGAGAUCGGUUUAAAUUAACAAGCGCACUUGUUGUUGAUCCACUGUAUCUUCAACAUACUCAUGCGGACACUGCUAUUGAUUAUAGACACUGGAGUAUCCCAUUAAGUCGAAGAUUUAGAUCACUGAAACUAUGGUUUGUUCUAAGAAAUUACGGAAUAAGUGGUUUACAAAAUUACAUACGUAAUCAUUGUAAACUAGCUAAACAGUUUGAACAAUUGAUACGCAAGGAUGAUCGUUUUGAAGUCUGCAAUGAAGUUGUGUUAGGACUGGUGUGUUUCCGAGCUAAAGGUUCUGAUAAGUUAAACCAGAAACUUUUGAGCGUAAUCAAUGAUUCAGGAAAAAUUCAUAUGGUACCAGCUAAAGUUAAUCAGAAAUAUACGAUUCGUUUUGCUUUGGCUGCACCUAAUGCAACAUCUGAAGAUGUUGAACACGCAUGGAGUGUGAUAACGGAUUACUUGUCAGAAAUUUUGGAAGGCAAAGAAAUUGUGGACAAACUCGCAGACAUCCGAGAAAAAAAGCGCAAAGCAACUUUGGAGCAGCGAAGAUCAUUUUUUGUUCGCAUGGUCUCUGAUCCAGCGAUUCAGCCAGGGUUUACUAAAACGCCCAACAGACCUGAAGCUAAAUUGGAAACUCAAGCAACCAUUGGUGGACUUGGUUCUAAUCCUCGUACUACAAGUUCGUGGAUUUCAUGGCCACUGGCUUAUUUAAUGUCCCGUGAAUCAACGGACACGAGUGAAUUGUCUUUGAGAUUUCGUCAUUUGGAUACGAUGGUUCGUCUGAAAACGGGAGCAGGAAGCCGACGCGGUAGCAGUAACGGCUGUAGCCCAGAACCAUCUCCAACAGUGUCACCUUCACGAGGAAGAUCACCAAAUGGACGAACAUUCAAAAUGAACAUCGAGGAAUUUUGUGUGCGAGGUAAAGAGAUGGUGGAGUAUAUUUGCGAAUAUCUAAGGACAUUAGAAGGUAAAAGAGUUACGGCAAAUGUUGAUCCUGGUUAUUUGAGGCCUCUUUUACCCAACGAAGCACCGCUAAAGCCAGAGUCAUGGAAUGAUAUUAUGAAUGAUGUUGAAAAUAAAAUAAUGCCUGGAAUAACUCAUUGGCAACAUCCACGUUUUCACGCGUACUUUCCCGCUGGCAAUUCAUUUCCUUCAAUCCUCGGCGACAUGUUAUCAGACGCGAUCGGAUGCAUUGGAUUUUCCUGGGCAGCAAGUCCGGCCUGCACAGAGCUCGAAACAAUAGUCCUAGACUGGUAUGCAAAGGCCAUUAAUUUGCCAUCUGGAUUUUUGGCUGAAAAAAAAAAUUCUAAAGGCGGUGGUGUAAUCCAAGGAUCAGCAUCCGAGUGUAUUUUAGUAACAAUGUUGGCUGCACGAAACCACGCAAUAAAUUUACUGAAGAAAAAGGAGCCAUUAAUAGAAGACAGUGCUUUUUUACCACGAUUAGUGGCUUACUGCUCGACAGAAGCUCAUUCAUGCGUCGAAAAAGCGGCUAUGAUUUGUCUGGUAAAAUUGCGAGUAUUGGCACCUGAUGACCGUUGCUGUUUACGAGGCAGUACACUGGAAGCGGCCAUAAAAGAUGAUAUUAAACAUGGAUUGGUGCCGUUCUUCGUGUCAACGACACUGGGCUCAACUGGGUGCUGUUCAUUUGACAAUCUGGUUGAAAUUGGUCCGGUUUGUAAGAAGCAACCUGGAAUAUGGCUCCACGUCGACGGCGCUUAUGGUGGAAACGCAUUUAUCUGCCCGGAAUUACGGCCGCUGAUGGCUGGAAUAGAGUACGCAGACUCAUUCAAUACCAAUCCCAACAAAUGGCUCCUCGUAAAUUUUGAUUGCUCAUGUUUGUGGGUACGUGAUCGCGUUAAAUUAACAUCAGCUCUUGUUGUAGAUCCACUUUAUCUUCAACACGCUAACUCAAAUGAAUCAAUAGACUAUCGACACUGGGGUAUUCCGCUGAGCCGAAGAUUCCGAGCACUUAAGCUCUGGUUUGUAAUGAGAAGCUACGGUAUUAUUGGGCUGCAAAAGUAUAUACGCAACCACAUUCGGUUGGCGAAGAAAUUCGAGGCUCAAAUGAGAAAAAAUAAACGCUUCGAAGUACUCAAUGACGUCAGGGUAGGAUUAGUCUGCUUUCGUCUAAAAGACAGUGAUGAGAUAAACCAAGAACUGCUGGCCAACAUCAAUGCCUCGGGAAAAAUCCAUAUGAUACCUUCGAGAAUGAUGGGCAAAUACGUGAUACGCUUUUGUGUCACUAAAGAAAACGCCAUAGAAGACGAUAUUGAUUAUGCGAUGGAGGUAAUUGACGAACACGCCUCUGAAGUCCUGCUCACUCAUUAUGAGGGGACAGAAAUUGAGCUGUCGGCUAAAAGCCCCAAGAGCCCGGUUCCACUGGACAAGAAACUCGUACGGAAGUUCAGCUUCACCAGAAGUGUUACACGAGAUGUUUAUAGAAGAACUAAGUCUAAAUCAACUUUGCAUGACGGAGCUACGCCGAUUAUGGUUGUUGAAGACAACAAUUCCCAGGUUGAUCUGAACGACGAGGAAGUAUUUUGUAGUGAUCGG